GAUUCGAGUAUAAUUCGUCGUAGGACUGGCCACCGCGCGAGUCACUGCAGGCAGAGCGUGUAUAAUUUUCCUUGGAAGAGUUUAAAACAAAGCCCACUCCGAAAAGUGCUGAUCCGGACGAAAAAGAGACACCCAUCCAUCGUCAGCAAGACUUACACGAGGACCGGUCAGAUACAGUCAGUCCGCAUUGUGAUAGUGAACAGGAUCGUUGAACGUGCCCAGCAUUCGUUUUAAAUUUCCACCGAUCGUCAGCAACCAUGGCGGAAAGGUUCCUGCCGUGUAGGAUCCUACAGUCGGUGACGUCACUCGAUCGCGACUACCUCAAGGACAACCGGUACGACACAGUUUGUGUCAUCGAUGGCAGUCAGGUUCCGGCUGUGCUGGAAGGCUGCUUCGUUGCUCACAAGUCGGUCGAUGAGGCUUUCGAUUGCGAGACGACCUGCUUCAAGUCGGAUGCUUUGAACUGUCGUGUGGUCUAUGCUCCCGUGGGUAAGUUGACUGAUUUCGAUGAUGUGCGUCGGUAUGGCGAAGCCGCUGGGAAUGCACUGGCUCGGGCCAUCAAGGCUGGGGCUAAGCAACCGGUGUUAGUUGUCCCGAGCAGCAAGGAUUUUGUAGAGGCCGAUUUGGUGUCGGUUCUUGGAGCGUUGGCAAAGCUGUACGUUCCACUGCAACUGCGCGAGGAUGUUCCGGAGAAGAAACAACGAUUUGAACAGGUAGGAUUCUAUCACCCCGAUCAAGCCAAGUUGGCAAAGAUCAUGAAGGAAGCAAGAACUUUCGAAGCUGGUCGAUUCGUCGCUCGGGAUAUUGGAGGUGGGGAUCCAGAACGAAUGGCACCCCCACGAGUAGAGCAAUAUGUGUCCGAUGGGUUGUUUGAUAAGAAUCUUAUCUUCAAAUCCGUGAUUUCCGAUCAUGCAAUAAUGGUAAAGGAAUAUCCGCUAUUUGCCGCCGUAAAUCGAGCGGCAGUGAGCGUUCCACGUCACCAGGGACGAUUGAUCUUCUUAGAGUACAAGUCGAACAGUCCCCCGAAGAAGACAUUGAUCCUGGUCGGUAAGGGAGUUACCUACGAUACCGGUGGUGCCGACAUCAAAGCUGGAGGUAUAAUGGCCGGCAUGAGCAGAGAUAAAUGUGGAGCAGCUGCCGUGGGCGGUUUCAUGAAGGUUGUGGAACAGAUGCAACCACAGGGAGUGCAUGUGAUUGGCGUUAUGUGCAUGGUGCGUAACUCUGUUGGCGAGGAAUGCUACGUGUCGGAUGAGAUGAUCACAUCGAGAGCCGGAGUUCGGGUGCGCGUUGGCAAUACCGACGCCGAGGGGCGCAUGGCCAUGGCUGACGCUCUCUGUCAGAUGAAGGAGCGUGUCAUCGCGGAGAACUUGCCAGAUGCACAUCUGUUUACGAUUGCUACCCUGACCGGUCAUGCGGUGCUGGCCGUAGGAAAUCUCUCGAUCGUAAUGGACAAUGGACCGGCCAGGGCUGCCGGACAUGGGCUACGUUUGCAGGAGGAGGGAGAGAAAAUUGGUGAUCCGUUCGAGAUUUCCAUCCUGAGGAAGGAAGACUUUGACCUGCACUCGGGCAAGUGCUACGGAGAAGACGUGCUGCAGGCCAACAAUCUGCCGUCCAGCAGGACCCCCAGAGGUCAUCAGAGUCCGGCUGCAUUCAUGAUGCUGUCCACCGGUCUGGACAAGCAUGGGCUCAAAUCGGACCGUCCGAUCAAGUACUCCCAUCUCGAUAUAGCUGGCAGUGCCGGUGACAUUCCGGACCCACCGACCGGGGCCCCAAUUUUGGCUCUGGCCCGAGCUCACUUGCAUUAAGCAAUAUAUCCACUUAAAUUCAUCACGUAAGUAGCGGAACACACCGAUACGCAAUGUGCUUGUCACUUUUUCUUCAAAUUUGUCGCUAGCCGUGCGACGCAAAAAUCCAGUUAUCUUGUACUUAUUGAGCAAAGCCAAAAAAAAUCA